GACAAUUUCCAAGAAGCUACAAAGAUGAAGAUUAGCAAUUUCCCUGGUAGAAUGAUGGCACUAACCCUGUCAAUCAUAGAGCUUCAUCACUUGCUUUUGUUUUCACAGCAACCGAACAGAACACCCUAAAAUUUGCAAAAGCUGUGUGUCAUGGCUCAAAUAGUAAUAUCACCCCUUCUACAGGUGAUCUUCGAAAAACUUGCUUCACAGGUUCUGAUGAAGCUUCAGUUCAGCAGCCACUACCGGAAAAAGCUCGAGAAGCUGAAAGCUGCCCUGCCUGUGAUUCGAGCAGUCAUCGAAGAUGCAGAAGAACAACAGCUCAAGGAUAAGAAGGUUAAGGUCUGGCUGAGAAAGCUUCAAGAUGUGGUUUACGACAUUGAUGACCUUCUGGACGAGGUCACCACCCAGUUUCUCCAAAGAAAGACGAAGAAAAAGAAGGUACCGAUGGUUUGCUUAGCUCUUGAGCCUGUUUCAAACUACUAUGUUAUGCCUCGUAAGCUGACAACGAUUCAAGAGAGGUUGGAUGAUAUAGCAAGAGAGAUGUCUAACUUCCAGUUCAGGGAGAGAAUGGUGUAUGAGCGGUCUGAUAUGAUAGAACGACGACAAACAGGACCUCAUAUAGAUGAAUCAGAGGUUUGUGGUAGAAGAAAGGACGCGGAUGCAAUAGUAAAUAUUUUACUGUCGGCCACCACGAACACUGACACAGUCAGUGUUUCAGUGAUUCCAAUUGUUGGAAUUGGGGGAAUUGGAAAAACAACUCUUGCUCAAUUGGCAUAUAAUGAUCCAAGGGUGGAAAGUCAUUUUGAUCUAAGAAUAUGGGUGUCAGUGUAUGAUAAUUUUAAUCCGAGAAAGAUCAUAAAUGAAAUUCUGGAGUACACAACUAAACAAAACCAUGAGUCCUCACAAAUAGGUGUACUACAGUCUCAACUGUUUGAAUCCUUGUGUGGGAAGCGAUACCUUCUCGUGUUGGAUGAUGUAUGGACCGAUGAUCAAGACGAAUGGGAGAAACUGAGAUAUCCAUUGAGAAAUGGUGCAGAUGGAAGCAAAAUUAUAAUCACCACCCGCAGCAAAAGAGUUUCAUCAAUAAUGAAAACAAUGCACCCUUACACAUUGGAAGCUCUAAGCGAAGAUGAAUGCUGGACCUUGUUCAAGCAACGAGCUUUUGAGUCAGGAGAGGAGCGAGGAUAUCCAAACUUGCUGCCGAUAGGGAAACAUAUUGUCAAGAAAUGUGGAGGGGUGCCUUUAGCUGCCAAGAUUCUUGGAAGUUUGAUGCGCUUCAAAAGAGAGGAAAGUGAGUGGCUACAUGUGCAGAAGAGCGAACUAUGGAAUCUGGAUGAAGGAGAGAACAGAAUUUUUUCGGUUUUGAGGUUGAGUUACGACCAUUUGCCAUCACAUCUGAAACGAUGCUUUGCAUACUGCUCAGCAUUGCCCAAGAAUUUUGAGAUCAGCAAGGAAAAGUUGAUACGCCUGUGGAUUGCGGAAGGCUUGAUUCAGUUGUCUGGUGAUACUUAUUCUACCAAGAAGAUGGAGGACACUGGCAACGAAUAUUUCAAUGAUUUGCUGUUGAUGUCUUUCUUUGAAGCUGUAAAUAAAUAUGAUAACAGCAAUUCAUCAGAGUUUACAAUGCAUGAUCUCAUUCACGACCUUGCAAAAUUUGUCGCAGGUAAUGAGUUCCUGAUGCUAGAUCAGGAUGAUGCUUCUGUCAAGCCUGCAAAAGUUCAUCACUCAUCAGACCCAAGUAGUAAUCUUGCCCAAACUCGCCAUGCAUCAAUAUUCUGCAAUUUUUGGUCUUACAGGGUUCCUGAAGCUUUGUACGCAGCAAAGCAAUUAAGAACUCUCAGAUUUUUCUCUCCAACAAAGGACUCUGACAAAGCCCUACCGAUCAUAGCUGCAGUCUUUAAACGCCUCAGAGUGCUAGAUUUAAGAGGGUGUGGGAUCAGGAAUCUGCAUAAAUCAAUUGGUGUCUUGAUAUAUUUGAGGUAUGUUGAUCUCUCUAACACCCUUUUGGAAACUUUACCUAAUACAAUCGAGAACCUCUGCAAUUUGCAGACGCUGGAUCUCUCAGGCUGCCAUAAUUUGAUGAAUUUGCCAAAUGGGAUAACACGAUUGAUAAACCUGAGACAUCUGAUUAUAAAGGACUGCACGAGACUCACCCGUAUUCCGGCAUCUAUGAGAAGUUUACUGAAUUUGCAGACCUUGCCAAUUUUUAUUGUUGGCCCAGCAUUUGAUGAGAGCCUUUUCCAACUUGUGCAUCUAGACCUGCGUGGUGAGUUAAAAAUCAAGCAUUUGGAGAAUGUUGGUAGUAUAGUACCAGACCUGUGUUUGGAGCAAAAGCAGCUUCACUCACUGGGAUUAUCAUGGGGGGAUAAUGAGGCAAAGUCGGAUCAUUCUCCAUCGAGGCAACCUUUAGAAGGGCAUCAUACGGAUCAUAUCCACGCGGAGACUCUGCUCAACUUGUUGAAACCCAACAACACUUUGAGAAAGUUAAUUCUAAAUGGCUACUCGGGAGCCGUGUUUCCACAAUGGAUGAACGACAUCAUGCUUCCUAAUCUUACAGAGCUAGUUUUGAACAACUGCAGAAGAUGUGAAAAGCUUCCUACGCUCGGGCAACUUCCUUUCCUCAAGGUUCUCAACAUGCAAGGACUAGAUGCAGCGGCGAGCAUUGGUAGUGAGUUCUACGGCAUAGAAGGUAGAGGAACUGCAUUUCCUUCACUGGAGCAACUAACCCUCAAAGAUUUUCCCAGUUUACAAUCAUGGGAGAGUGAGGAUUCACAAGAUGCCUUAAUUUGCUUGCAGAAACUAACCAUCAUUGAAUGCCCUAGACUCGAAACCAUGCCACGGUUUCCAACUCUUCAACAUUUGGAGCUGCGAAACUGCAAUGCUAGGGUACUCAGGUCAGCAGCAGAGCUAAAUUCACUCUCCACUCUUAUUAUUGACUCCUUUCCAGAGCUAUUGCACCUACCACAAGGGUUGUUGCAGAACAGUCCUCUUACAUCUUUGACAAUCAGCUCUUGCCAACAACUUAGUUCACUGCCAUGGGAUUUGAAAAACCUUGGAGCUUUAAAGUCAUUGACUUUACGCUGGUGUGAAGAACUAUCUGCUCUGCCACAGCAGAUUAGAAACCUUACCUCUCUGGAGUCUUUGGAAAUCACGGAGUGCCAUAGUUUAGUCUCUUUGCCAGAGGAAGGCAUUCAGGGCUUGCAUUCCCUUCGAUCAUUUUCUAUAGAGAACUGCAAUAACCUGGCUUCUCUGCCAAAGGGAAUAAAGCACCUCACAGCCCUUGAGCGCCUGACAAUCAUGUAUUGUCCAAAUCUGCCCUAUUUACCCGAUGAACUGCAGCAUCUCUCAGUACUCCGAAGUCUUAGUAUAUUAAGCUGUCAAGUACUGGCAUCUCUACCAGAAGGACUACAAUACAUCAAGACUUUGCAGAACCUGGAAAUUUGCAGCUGUCCAAACCUCAUGGAUUUGCCAGAUUGGGUGGAGAACCUCAUUUCUCUUCGAUCAUUGGCAAUCACCGAUUGUCAGAAUAUGAAGUGUUUGCCAAAAGGUCUAGAACGUCUCAAUGCACUCCAGCAUUUUUCCAUUAGAGAUUGUCCUGACCUUGAGGAAAGAUGCAAGGGCAGAGGAGCAGACCGGAAAAAGAUAUCCCAUGUCCCAUACAUCUACAUUGGAUCAUCAGCAUCACAGCAGGCAACACAACGUUGCUGCAAGCACUUCAAGUUGCAACAGUCAUAAACUGUUCUUUUUUCUAACUGGUAAAGUAAUUGUAUCCCUUCCUAUAAAAUUGUAGCAAUUGUAUCCCUUCCUAUAAAAUUGUAGCAAUUGAUAUAUGAUACCAAUUUGCAUGCAAUUUGUCAUUUCAAUUCACUAGCUACAACAAAGUAAGUCAA